CGCCUGCCAGCUCGCUUGCUCGCUCGCUCGCUCACUCCUUCGCCUGCUGGCUGGCGCGGCCUCGCUCUGCGUCGGCCGCACCGCGGUGGAGGCGCGCGAAGGGGACACAGCUUGGGAUGAGUGGAUUGCGGGAAAACACACCACGGACGGGCCCCGAGACGCCGUGAAAAGGCGCUUUUCUCCGAGUCGAGUCGCCGCCCUGCCCUUGGAUUUGAGAUCAUGUCCAUUCACAUUGUGGCGCUGGGGAAUGAGGGGGACGCUUUUCAUCAGGACAAUCGGCCGUCGGGGCUCAUCCGCACGUACCUGGGAAGAAGCCCUCUGGUCUCAGGAGACGAAAGCAGCUUGUUGCUGAACGCGACCAGUACAGUGGCGCGUCCCGUGUUCACGGAGUAUCAAGCCAGCGCAUUUGGGAAUGUCAAGCUGGUGGUCCACGACUGCCCUGUCUGGGAUAUUUUUGACAGUGAUUGGUACACCUCUCGGAAUCUCAUUGGGGGCGCCGACAUCAUUGUGAUAAAAUACAAUGUAAAUGACAAGUUUUCAUUCCAUGAAGUAAAAGAUAAUUAUAUUCCUGUGAUUAAAAGAGCAUUAAACUCGGUUCCGGUGAUCAUUGCUGCUGUUGGUACCAGACAAAAUGAAGAAUUACCUUGUACAUGCCCAUUAUGUACCUCAGACAGAGGGAGCUGUGUUAGUACAACGGAAGGGAUCCAACUUGCCAAAGAACUAGGGGCUACCUAUCUGGAACUCCACAGCCUCGAUGACUUCUAUAUAGGAAAAUAUUUUGGAGGCGUGUUGGAGUAUUUUAUGAUUCAAGCCUUAAAUCAGAAGACAAGUGAAAAAAUGAAGAAAAGAAAAAUGAGCAGCUCAUUUCAUGGAAUUAGACCACCUCAGCUUGAACAACCAGAAAAAAUGCCUAUCUUAAAGGCUGAAGCAUCACAUUAUAACUCUGAUUUAAAUAACCUGCUCUUCUGCUGCCAGUGUGUGGAUGUGGUAUUUUACAACCCAGAUAUAAGGGACGUUGUAGAGGCCCACAAGAUCGUUCUCUGUGCUGUCAGCCAUGUUUUCAUGCUGCUUUUCAAUGUGAAGAGUCCUACCGACAUCCAGGAUGCCAGUAUCAUCAGGACUGCCCAGGACCUCUUUGCUAUCAACAGAGACCCUGCAUUUCCAGGUGCUGGCCAGGAGUCUCCAGGCAACCCGCCUUUACGAGUCAUUGUUAAGGACGUGCUCUUCUGCUCUUGUUUAUCAGACAUUCUGCGCUUCAUUUAUUCAGGUGCUUUUCAAUGGGAAGAACUGGAAGAAGAUAUCAGGAAGAAGUUGAAAGAUUGUGGAGAUGUUUCAAGUGUAAUUGAGAAAGUUAAAUGUAUUUUAAAAACACCGGGAAAGAUUAACUGCCUAAGGAAUUGUAAGACUUAUCAAGCCAGAAAACCUCUAUGGUUUUAUAACACUUCCCUCAAGUUUUUCCUUAAUAAACCUAUGCUUGCUGACGUUGUCUUCGAAAUACAAGGUACAACGGUGCCAGCCCACAGAGCCAUCCUGGUGGCUCGUUGUGAAGUGAUGGCAGCCAUGUUUAAUGGUAAUUACAUGGAAGCAAAGAGUGUUCUGAUUCCAGUUUAUGGUGUUUCCAAAGAGACUUUCCUGUCAUUUUUAGAGUACCUAUAUACAGACUCCUGUUGCCCAGCCGGCAUUUUCCAAGCCAUGUGUCUCCUGAUCUGUGCUGAGAUGUACCAAGUGUCCAGACUACAGCACAUCUGUGAGCUGUUCAUCAUUACUCAAUUACAGAGCAUGCCCAGCCGGGAACUGGCCUCCAUGAACCUGGAUAUAGUGGACCUGCUCAAAAAAGCCAAGUUUCACCACUCUGAUUGCCUUUCUACCUGGCUGCUUCAUUUCAUUGCCACUAACUACCUCAUCUUCAGUCAAAAGCCUGAAUUUCAGGAUCUUUCAGUGGAAGAACGCAGUUUUGUUGAAAAACACAGAUGGCCAUCGAAUAUGUACUUGAAACAGCUUGCAGAAUACAGGAAGUAUAUCCACUCCCGGAAAUGCCGCUGCUUAAUAAUGUAGCUUGGAGCUUUUAUAUGCAUAUACUUUAUUUUAAAAUUAUUAUUAUGUAGAAUGAGAUGCCACUGGGUCCCGGU